CUCAGAGACUAGUCUAACCUCGAGCAUUGUCCCUACUCAGGGCUGCUUCUCUUGUAGUUAGAUCAUCUUUCCCUGGAGUUGGACUCCUUCAUAUUCCCUCAAUCCCUUCUAGCUAUAUUUACUUGUCUUUUUUCUCUGCGUGUUUGUGUCAUUUUUCUCCAUUUCUGUGUCGGUUGCUGGGAUGUAGGCUAUAGAGAGUGGGAUUUUUUCUCCCCUCCAGGACCCUGCUGAGUUUUGGUGGUGAGUUUUUUUCCCCCCUUCCAAUCUGGAGAACAAGUGCCAGUCUCCACUUUGGCUGACAACUCUGAAAAGUACUUUUCAGCCGAGCGUUGAAUGUGGCUCGGGAGUUGAGCGACAGUUGACAGCGUUUCUGGUGCUUUUUUGCUACAGGCAAGGGAUGGAUUUAUAGACCGUUUCUCACCACGGCGAAGAGGUGAGCGUGUUUGAGAAGAAGGGAGAUAUGCCCCUCACGGGAAGAUAUCGAGUGCCUUACGUCUUGAUUCUUCUUGCACUCCUCUGGGGUGGAGAGAGAAUUCAGGCACAAAGAGCAGGUUGUAAGAAUGUCCACUAUGACCUUGUCUUCAUCUUGGAUACCUCUUCCAGUGUGGGUAAAGAAGAUUUCGAGAAGGUCCGCCAAUGGGUGUCUAAUCUGGUGGAGACCUUUCAGAUUGGACUGGACAAGACCCGUGUAGGAGUGGUACGUUACAGUGAUAGGCCAACCACAGAGUUUGACUUGGGAAGGUACCAAACUCGUGAGGCAAUCAAAGAAGCUGCAAGGAAUAUUAAGUAUUAUGGGGGUAACACAAAUACUGGUGAUGCCCUCCGGUAUAUCAACACCUAUAGCUUUUCCAAAGAGGCUGGUGGGAGGCCUAGUGACCCAACCAGUAAGAAAGUGGCUAUCCUUUUGACUGAUGGAAGGAGCCAGGAUUAUGUCAUGGAUGCAGCCACUGCAGUACGUAAGGCUGGAAUAAGGAUCUUUGCUGUGGGAGUUGGUGAGGCCUUAAAGGAGGAAUUGGAUGAAAUUGCUUCCGAGCCUAAAUCUGCCCAUGUGUUCCACGUCUCUGAUUACAACGCCAUUGAUAAAAUACGAGAGAAGCUGAGACGACGGCUCUGUGAAAAUGUGCUGUGUCCAAAUGUCCAUGUGGAAGGAGAUCGAUUUAAACACACCAAUGGAGAGACUGAUGAAAUCCCAGGGUUUGACCUGGUGGAUUUGUUCAGCGUGAAGGAGAUUUUUGGAAGGAAAGAAAAUGGAAUUCAGAGUUCUUAUGUACGACUUGGAAGCUUCCCCAUUGUGCAGAAAACUGAGGGUGUAUUCCCACAAGGUCUGCCUGAUGAAUAUGCCUUUGUAGCCACCUUCAAAUUCCGGAAGGCUUCCAGGAGAGAAGACUGGUAUAUUUGGCAGAUUAUCGACAAGUACGGCAUACCACAGGUCUCUAUCCGCCUGGAUGGAGAGAACAAAGCCGUGGAGUACAGUUCCAUUGGGCUGACCAAGGACGCAGUACGAGUGGUCUUUCGAAAUGCACGAGUCAGUGAUUUGUUUGACCGCAACUGGCAUAAGAUCGCCCUCAGCAUUCAAUCCAAGAGCGUCUCCCUCUACAUUGACUGCAAACUAGUGCAGACAUUGCCUAUUGAAGACAGAGAAAAUAUUGACAUUCAAGGGAAGACCGUGAUUGGCAAGCGCCUGUAUGACAGUGUACCCAUAGACUUUGAUCUUCAGCGGAUGGUAGUUUACUGUGAUUCCCGACAUGCUGAGCUGGAAACCUGCUGUGAUAUUCCCUCUGGACCAUGCCAGGUGACGGUCGUGACUGAAGCGCCACCUGCUGAGAUAAGACCCACUGUCGGCAGCGAACAAGUGGGCCCCCAACAUACCCUCAACUGUUCCUGUCCUGCUGGAGAAAAGGGUGAGAGGGGCCCAGCUGGCCCUGAAGGUCCUAGAGGUCCAAAGGGAGAAAGUGGCAGCCAAGGAUUUCCUGGUCUAAAAGGAGAAAAAGGAGACUCAGGCAGAGGAGCAUAUGGCAGAGGAGAGAAGGGAGAACAGGGAUCCCCAGGCUCACCUGGCCCUCCCGGGAGGGAUGGAGCAAAAGGAGAAACUGGAGAAUCAGGGCAUCCAGGGGCAUUUGGACUGCCAGGUCCAGCAGGCCCCAAGGGAUCUGAGGGACAACCAGGUCCACCAGGAAUUAAAGGCUAUGUCGGAGCACCCGGUCUGCAGGGAGAAAGAGGAGAAAAGGGAACUCGAGGAGACAAGGGAGAACAAGGUCUUGAUGGGUUCCCCGGGAAGCCAGGUGCAGAAGGGAAACAGGGCAUUAAGGGCAGCACAGGCCCACCGGGUGCCAGCGGACCCAAAGGAGAAAAGGGUGAAGCAGGGCUUCCAGGAUUACCAGGCUCUGCAGUACAAACGGAAGGUCUGAAAGGAGAGCAAGGAGCCCCAGGCCCGCGAGGACCACAAGGCUCACCUGGAGUUCCAGGGGCACCAGGUCCAGCCGGUUUGGAAGGCAAGGCCGGAGUUCCUGGUUUGCAAGGUCAAAGGGGCAAGAAGGGUGAAGCUGGGCUCCCAGGACUCGAUGGCUUGCCUGGACCUCGGGGUCCAAUCGGGCCCCCUGGUGUUGCUGGCCCUCCUGGUGCUGCAGGAUUGUCUGGAGAAAUUGGUGUUUCUGGUAAAACUGGACUGCCAGGACCAGCUGGAUCCCCUGGCAAGGAUGGAUUAAAUGGUCUUCCCGGACUUCCAGGCCAAAAGGGAGAACAAGGAGAGAGGGGAAAGGAAGGUUUUCCUGGGAAAGCUGGUCCAAAGGGUGAGAGGGGAGAUCACGGUCCACCUGGUCUAGCUGGUGAGAAGGGUGAAGCAGGCCUUCCUGGUCCCCAGGGGUUACCCGGGAAGAAGGGAGAGAAAGGAGAUCAGGGUGAAAAAGGAGGAGCUGGACUCACUGGACUCAAAGGCGAAAGUGGUGAAAAGGGUGACGUGGGUCCUGCUGGUCCCCCUGGUCUACCUGGAACAACAGCCCUUUUUACCCCACACCCUCCAAUUCCUGGAGAAACUGGGCCAAAGGGAGAGAAAGGAGAUCGAGGAAACAGCGGGGAACCCGGACUGCAUGGUGCCCCAGGUGAAAUGGGGCUGCCAGGACCUCCAGGACCACAGGGUGCGAAGGGACAGGAAGGAGCCAGAGGAGAGCCAGGAGUCCGUGGAGAGACUGGUGCUCCUGGAUCUGUUGGGUCCCCAGGUCCACAAGGCUCACCAGGAAAUGUGGGCAUCCCUGGAGACGCUGGCCAGCCCGGAAAGGAUGGACAAAAGGGUGAAAAGGGUGACCCAGGAAAGGAAGGAAAACCAGGUCUACCUGGGCCCUUGGGUGAGGCUGGCCCUGCUGGAAUACCUGGCUUACCAGGGAAGGGUAAAGAUGGAGAACGGGGUGAAAGAGGCCUCCCAGGACCCUUCGGACACAAGGGAGAUAGGGGAGUUCCUGGUCUUCCUGGCCAGCCAGGAGACAGAGGUGCACCAGGGGUUGGAGUAGCUGGACCUCCUGGCCCUGUGGGACCAGCAGGAGACAAAGGGCCAUUGGGCCCUCGAGGUUUACCAGGUGUUCCAGGCCCACAAGGGCCAACUGGGCAGGAUGGUUUACCUGGAAACCCUGGGGACAGAGGACCUCCUGGAAAGCCAGGUGCCUCCUCCCUGGUUUCUCCUGAGGACAUAAAUCUCUUAGUCAAGGAUGUGUGUAAUGACUGCCCACCUGGUCCCCCGGGGCUCCCUGGAGUGCCAGGCUUCAAGGGGGAUAGAGGUGCCCAAGGACCUCUGGGUAGAGAUGGCCUGAAUGGGAAAAUGGGUGAUCCUGGACCACGGGGUCUCCCAGGCCCUCCAGGGGUGGAUGGUCCAAAGGGCACUAAAGGAGACCGUGGGACAUCUGGGGAUACUGGACCAAAAGGAGGACAGGGUCAUCCUGGAAUGCCUGGCUUCUCGGGACCUCCUGGAAACCCAGGCCCUGCUGGAGCAGAUGGCAAACCAGGACCUGCAGGACCCCCAGGAAUGCCAGGGGAUAUAGGUAAAGAUGGCCCGGCAGGUCCCCCGGGCCCACCAGGACUGCCUGGUCUUCGGGGCAUUGACGGCAAGGAUGGCAAGCCUGCAUCUCCCGGGGAACCGGGCAAACCAGGGGAACCUGGGCUCCCAGGCCAAGAGGGGGCCAGAGGGUUACCGGGCUUCAAGGGGCACAGAGGAGAUGCAGGCCCCCCAGGCGCCAGGGGAGAGCCUGGCGUGACCGGUCCCACUGGUCGUGAGGGCCCGCCGGGGAAGGAUGGUGAUACAGGCCCUCCAGGGCCUCAAGGGCCUCGAGGAUUCAGAGGGCAGCCAGGCAAGAAUGGUUCACCCGGCGUCCCAGGGGAAGCUGGCCUUGCAGGUAACCCAGGUCCAAAAGGAAACAAAGGAGAAAAUGGCAGCCCGGGACUUCCUGGCUUCAUUGGGCCCCGAGGCCCUCCAGGAGACUCGGGAGAGAAGGGGCCCCCAGGAAAAGAGGGUGCUGCUGGGAAACCAGGCAACCAUGGACCCAAAGGAGACAGGGGAGAUCCUGGCAUCAAAGGUGACAGAGGCCCAGAGGGAGAGAAAGGCCUGCCUGGGGAUCCUGGCAUACCUGGCCAUAAAGGCCACACUGGAUUGAUGGGUCCCCAAGGACCACCAGGAGACAGUGGGCAAGCUGGACCUCCAGGGCCCCCAGGACAGCCAGGCUUCCCUGGGCCCAGGGGGGACUCUCCAUCACUGGAGACUCUGAGAAGGCUCAUCCAAGAGGAAUUAGGAAAGCAGCUAGAUGCAAAACUAGCCUACCUCAUGGCUCAGAUGCAGCCAGCACACGUUAAAGCACCCCAAGGCAGGCCAGGGCCUCCAGGGCCUCCCGGUAAGGAAGGGCUCCCAGGAAGACCUGGCCCUCCAGGAGAGCCUGGCCGACCUGGACAGACAGGGUCUGAAGGGCCAUCAGGACCAGUGGGUCCAAAAGGUGAAAGAGGUAUGAAGGGUGAGAGGGGAGAUGCUGGUGUUGGUCAGAGGGGUGAAAUUGGUCCUCCAGGAAUUCCAGGCCUCCCAGGGGAACCUGGCUAUGGCAAAGAUGGAAUGCCAGGAACACCAGGCCCACAAGGGGAAGCUGGGGUGCCAGGCCUCAUGGGCCCACAGGGACCUCCAGGAGCCAGUGGACAGUGCGAUCCCUCUCAGUGUGCUUACUAUGCAAGUCUGGCCGCCCGGCCUGGCAACAUCAAAGGGCCCUAGGCAACCCUGGGGGCUCUCUUUGGACUGGUUUCUGAAACUUGAAUUCAACACGCCUACCAGGAGCUCUUGGAUUGUUUCCUAGUUGCGUUUCUUUAUGGGAGGCCUUUGAGAUGAUCAAAGCCAACGAAUGCUGCCAGUCGGUCAGAUUAUUAUUAAUUAUUAUUUUUAUUAUUUUUUUGUUGAUGUGAGAAAUGAGUUUGGUUUUGUUCUCUCUAACAUCAGGGCAUAUUAAAAAAAAUUAAAAAUAAGUUUUUACAUAUAAUAUCAAUACCUAGCAUAGCCAUUGUGGUUUAUACAGAACCCAUGUGAGUGCCAAAACCUCUGUUCAGCUGAGUGAGUUCUUUUCCAGACUUCAUUCCCAAGUUCUAAUAUGACAAUGUCAGUGCACUGUGACUGUGAGCAACAAGCCUUCAGGAGGGGCAAGCUGCUGAAACACAUUGGGAGAGAAAUGCUAUAGGGAAGCUGGUGAAGAGCUAGUCUCCAAUGCAUUCAUCUCACAAUGGACAAUCGGUUACAGACAACAAGCGCUGGAUUUCCCAGAACAGCUGUACUAAAUGUAAUGUUCUCCUUGCUCAUAAAGAAUACAAACUUUAAUCAUAAAUAGCCACUUGAUAGGCUUUUCUGGGCAUGAGCAAGGCUUUGAAAACAAGGCAAGGGAGAGCUGAUGACAUGAAGAGAGAUUCUGUUUCCAAUGUAAUUGCUCUCCCCAUGCCCUGUACAUGUUGUUUAGUUCCACUCCAAAAGGCAAAAAUUUUAUUCCUGGUAACUGGGGCCUGUGCUCAUACUGUCAAGGAGAUGCCUCUGCAAACAGCCCGCAAGUUCGUGCUCCUUGACAUCUUGAGCUAGUAGAGUUCUACUCCUGCUCUGCAGGGAGGGCAUGGACAAGGUCCAUUAAAGUUAAUAUAGUGAUCCUCCAGGUAUUGGCUGGUAUUAUGGUUUGUAGAAGGUUGGACCAGGUGAUUAUCUUGGUCCCUUCUGGUCAGAAAAUAUAGUAUAGAAUCAUAGAAUAUUAGAGUUGGAAGAGACCUCAGGAGAUCAUCUAGUCCAACCCCCUGCUCAAAGCAGGACCAACACCAACUAA